ACGGAAAACAAACUUGAAUGAAUAAUAAUAUUUUUGGGAGCCGGUGCCCGGCCCGGGUAAUUGUUAAUGCCUUUGUUGUUUUCGUUGAAGAUUUCGUGAUUGUUUUUAUUUUGGUGUUAUACCUACUUUGCAAGCUUUCCGUAAAACCAUUAUGAAUGAACUACCUUAUUACACGGAAUAUGCAACAUCGAGUAGGGCAGGAUGUAAAGGUUGCAAAGACAAAAUCGCUCAAGGAAAUCUACGCAUUGCUCGAAUGGUUCAGUCUGCAUUCCACGAUGGCAAGCAACCAAACUGGUACCAUGAGGAGUGUUUCUUUGAGAAGCAACGGCCCAGCUCAGUGGACGAGAUAGCCAACUUCAACAAACUGAAGAGUGCCGAUCAGAAGAGGAUUGUCAACAAAAUAAAUGAGGUCGGCCAAAGCGCAGUAUUAGUUGUAAAGAAUGAGAAAUCUAAAGGAAAAUCAAAGAAACGUGCGUCGACGUCCGUGGUCGGGGCGCUCAAGGACUUCGGCGUGGAGUACUCCAAGAGCAGCCGCGCUAGCUGCAAGCAUUGUGAAAUUAAGAUCUGUAAGGAUGAAGUCCGCAUUCGCAAGACAGUGUUCGAUACGGAUGUGGGUGCCAAGUACGGCGGGCAGCCGCUGUGGCACCACGUCAAAUGCUUCGCGGAGGCCCGGCACGAGCUGCAGUUCUUUGCUGGGGGGGAGGUGUUGCCCGGAUUCACUGACCUCUCCGAGGAGGACCAGAAGAUGGUCAAGGAUACCAUCAAGCCAGUAGGCGAAGCGGUGCCGACAAAGAAAAUUAAGACUGAAGAAGGCGACCCGGCGCAGGAGAAACUGGAGAAGAUGCUGAAGAAGCAGAACGACUUGUUCCAGAAGUACAAGACUGCGCUCGGCCAACUGGCGCCUAAAGAGAUCGAGGAGAUACUAGAGGAGAACUCGCAAGAAGUGCCUCAGGCUAAGAGAGACGCAGUGGAUCUUCUGGCGGAUUGCAUGGCCUUCGGAGCCCUGAAGCCCUGCCCCGACUGCAAGAAUGGACAGCUGGUGUUGGACACAUUUGGCUACAAGUGCACCGGCCACAUCAGCGGGUUCACGUCGUGCGCGUACGUCAGCCAAGAUCCGAAGCGGUCCAAGCUGAAAAUCCCCUCAGCAUAUAAGGAACAGCCGCCCUUCAACAAGUACAAGCCUAAAGUUGACGUCAGAGUGUUCAGGGCGGCGCCCAAGCCACUCGUUACCGUCAAGAAAGAGGAAACCAUUGUGAAGAAGGAAGUCAGGAAUCCUCCACUGAAGAACCUGCAGUUCUUCAUCUACGGCCGCGAGUUGAACAAAGAGAAGAAGGAAGAGAUCAAACGGCGUAUUCUGAAGUUGGGGGGGCUGGUGGUGACCAAGCUGACUGACACUGCCGCCGCCGUCGUCUCCACUCCGAAGGAGAUAGAGAGGAUGAGUGACAAAAUGGAGGAUAUACAGAAACUAGAGAUUGAGGUGGUAGAAGAAUCAUUCCUGGACCUGAUCCACCCCGAAAACGGCAGUGUGUCGCAAUCCAUGAAGCUUAUCAGGGAGAACAACAUCGCAUCUUGGGGAUCUGAUCCUACGACCCGCGUGCCGCAGGACGUGAUCGACGGCAAGUCGAUCGCCAAGUCCGGCAGCAACUACGCCAAGUCCAACAAAUCGGGACCGAUGAAAAUUCAAAUCAAGGACGGGUCAGCAGUGGACCCGGCGUCGGGCCUGGCCGACGUCGCGCACGUGCACUGCCGCCACAGCGCGGCGCUCUCCAGGACAGACGUCGUCACCGGCAAGAACUCUUACUAUAAACUGCAGCUUUUGAAGAGCGACACCAGCGACACUUUCUACCUGUUCCGGGCGUGGGGCCGCAUCGGCACGCCCAUCGGCGGGAACAAGACGGAGAACUUCAAGAGUUUAAACGACGCGAUACGACAGUUCAAACAUUUCUACAAAGAGAAGACGCAGAACGAUUGGGACAAUAGGGAGAACUUCGAAAAGGUGCCCGGCGCGUACUAUCCACACGAUGUAGACUACAGCGACGUGGAGAAGAAGAAUAAUAUCCGCGCGAUGGUGGUGGACCCCAAUUCUUCUCUGCCAGUGCCGGUGCAGAAACUGGUGCAGAAGAUAUUCGACCUUGCUGCUAUGAAGAAAACCAUGUUGGAGUUUGAGCUGGACACAGAGAAGAUGCCGCUCGGCAAGAUAUCGCAAAAGCAAAUCACACAGGGAUACGAAGUGCUGUCUGAGCUUCUCAAGUACAUCGAGAAGGGGAAGGUGAACCAGUCCAAGAUCAUUGACGCUACUAAUAGGUUCUUCACAAUUAUUCCUCACGACUUCGGCACGGAGAACGCCCCGCUGCUGUCCUCCGCGGAGCUGGUCCAGGCCAAGUGCCAGAUGCUGGACAGCCUGCUCGAGAUCGAGAUAGCUUACAGCAUUCUCAACACAGAUGGCAAUGAUGGCGAAAGCGCGAUAGAGGAAAGUUACAAGAAGUUGAAGGCGGAGAUCACACCGUUGGACAGAAACUCGACGGAGUUCAAGAUGAUCGAAGAAUACGCUAAGAAUACGCACGCGGAAACACAUUCUUCAUACACUUUGGAGAUAGAAGAGGUAUUCAAAGUGGUCCGCCACGGAGAAGACAAACGUUACAAGCCAUUCAAGAAGCUGCACAACCGCCGGCUGCUGUGGCACGGCUCACGGAUCACCAACUUCGCUGGGAUCCUCUCUCAAGGUCUGCGCAUAGCGCCGCCGGAGGCGCCGGUGACGGGCUACAUGUUCGGCAAGGGGAUAUACUUCGCGGACAUGGUCUCCAAGUCCGCCAACUACUGCUGCACCAGCAAGGAGAACCCCUGCGGGGUGCUGUUACUCUGCGAGGUCGCUUUAGGGAAUAUGAAGGAAUGUAGCAAAGCGGAAUACGUGACGAAGCUCCCUCCCGGCACGCAGUCGGUGUUAGGCGUGGGCCGCACGGCGCCGGCGCCGGCGCGCGCGCUGGCCGGCGGCGCGCUGGUGCCGGCCGGGCCUCCCGUCAACAGCGAUCGCAAAACCGACCUGCUCUACAACGAAUACAUCGUGUAUGACGUGGCGCAGGUCAACAUCAAAUAUCUACUGCAGAUGAAGUUCAACUUCAAGUAUUGAUCCUUUUCAGUGCAUUUAUACGCCUAUUUUUAUGUUAAGGCUUAGUUAAGUUGCUUAAUUUGUUGGGAUUUCUAUCGUCUAUACAUGAGCGUGAAAGGUAAAGUUUAAAAUAUUCGAUACAUGUAAGUUUUAUAUCAAGGGUGUAUUCUGACAAUGUUAUGUCAUAAUUGUACCUCAAUGGUAUUUCAAUAGUAGUAUAGCUGGGUAUCGAAUGCUGACGUAAGCCAUAAUCAUUGUUUACUUGGGUAGGUAAAACAAUUUUGUCAUAAAACAGCGGAAUUUCCUAUCACCUGUAAUCUAGACCGCGUGUGUUACCUAAUAAACAAUUAGAUUUAUCUUUAUAAUUAUUUCUAAAUGAAAUUGCUCUUAAAACCCAGACUAUUAUUGAAUAAGCGAAACUCACUGCACAAGCUAGCCAAGGAGGCACGGUUACAACUUCGUGGAAUCAACACCCGUAUUUGAUGCAAAAUUUGUUUUUAUAAGAUUCACUAUAUAGCGAAAAAGUGACACCACGAUUUUUGAAUUCAUUGUAAUUGCCUAUACACGCAGUCUAUAGAUAAUAGACAUUCUGUGUAUUUAAUAAGUUGUCGUUUUUCAUCGAUACGACAUAUUACUCUCAUUUUGCAUUAUGUUACAGAUCGCUACGCGAUAAAGUUACCUAUAAUAUCGUGAUGUAGUUUAAGUUUCCUGUUAAUACAUAAUCAGCAUUUCUGCCAAAAAAAAAAUGCGUUGGGAACACUAUUGAAUGGUGUCCACGGACGCGUGUCGCGCUCGAUGUGUUAAAAUUAGUUUUUUCGUAUGGCAGGUUAUGACUACAAAUAUGGAAGUUAAUACAAGUUAGGCUGAGAGUAUAUCCCAUUCCCCUGGGUAAACAAAAAAAGAGUAUAUCCCUCUGUUUAUUAAUCUUUAGCUCCUCUUACAUUAUAAUUUACUAUUUUUGCACAACUGACCAAAAAAAGGAGUAAUAUAAAUAUAUUACUAUCCACUAUCCGGAUUCACGUUUUAUUCCACCGUAAUAAUUAAAGGCCUGAUGAAGUAAUGAUGUGUAAGAUAUCAUUACAUACCUUGCUUUGUGAUGUCAUUAUAAUAUAUAUAUAUAUGGCAAAUACUAUUAUUACCACUCCAACUGCAAACCUGAAAAUUCAAUGUCGACCAAUAAAUCGUGUGGGGUUUUGAGGAGAUCACAAUAAUACAAUUUGUAUGUUGAACCUGUAUAUAUGAUGAAUCUUUCCAGUUUCACUCAACUUAAUAUACAUAAAUACCCAAUCACAAAAUAACAAAUAAAUGAUAAGCGUAUCGCAGUUCGCAGUUGUUCAGAGGGAUUUUGUUAGUGUUUGAUGUUAAUUUGUUUAUUUAAAUACGCAUUUUGAUUACUAUUGUUUAGUUGUUAUUAUUAAUUUCCAUACGCCUGAUUUGUGAUAUAUAAUUAUAGAAUUAGUAAUGUUGUGACAUGGAAGAAAUUCAUCAUGUUGAUAUUUUUUUAGUUAUUAUUAAUACAUUCAUACGAUCGGAACGAAUGAUAUCUAUAAUAAAUCCUUUGGUUUUUUA